CGUAGUUGUUGACAGCUGUAUCAGGGAAGUUGUUACUGAUUGAUGUGUCGUCGAAGAAUGACCGUAUGCAGAACAUUUAUAUAUUAUCUAAAAUGGAUGGAACACUUUUAAAUAUAUCUGUCCUGUUGCAACAGAGGGGUUUGGCAAUUUUGCCAAGAAUUUCGCAAGAGGAACAGAAAGGUUUAACCACCAAAUUUUGAGAAUUUUGAUAGAAGAAAAAUGAAUAAUUUUAUCUGUUAUAUUUUCCGUUUCAGCUGCGUAGCAAUUAGAUAGUUUCAGAUGACACACUUCCAAUGAGAUCGUCUGUGAGUGUGAUUCUAUCAAGCCCAGCCCCAGACACAAGUAUGUCCCACCCAGAUUAUGAACAGACUGCUCAUGAUCAUGCUGCUAUAUUGCUACUUGUCAAACAUGUUGGGAGUCAGUUAAAACAGAAGAACUUUAGUCGUGUGUAUGAACGUUUGUCUCGAGUGAACCAUGUAAAGAUAAUUGACUCAAUGGGAGUGUCUCGAGAAGUGUUGGCACGCUACAUAAAGGAAUAUCCUGUAGAGAAUAAUGACUGGGGAGACUACCAGACACAUCGCCGUUUGCUAGGACUGAUUUCUCUUGGAAAGUAUGACACUCAGCAAGAACUGAACGAAUUGUGCCGUGUACAUGAAUCUUUGAAAGUGAAAUAUUCCUCAACUCUGUUUGAUUCCCGAUGUGUAUUGUUUGGUCCACCAGCUGAUACAAGUCCUAGUGAACCUAAUGUACUUUCAACCCCAUCAAAUUUUAAAACACGUGCUGUUUUUUAUGAAGACUGUGAACCUUGUGUCGGAUUGGAAGACCAAAUCUCUGAAUUUUUGUCUUCUCUGUUUUGGGUCUUGGAAUCAAAAAGACUUGAACGUAGUAGGGAGAAGGUGGAGCGUGUCAGUUUGCUUCUAGCUCCUUUUGAAAGAAAAGACUUUGUUGGUUUGGACUUGGAAUCUCGCAGCAACCGAAAACGUUGUGUGGGACGCAUGACCAAACAUCUAGGGGAUCUGUCACUGCAAGCAGGCCUAGUAACAGAAGCACUUAGCUACUACAGUUCUGCUGUGGAUAUACUGAAAGCUGUGAAUGAUUGGCUGUGGCUUGGUGGUGCGUAUGAAGGACUCUGUGCUGCUUCUGUGAUUCUGUUGUAUCCAAAUUUGAGUAGGAGCUUUCCACUGCAGCGCAAUGCAUCAUUACAGGAAGGGAGUCCAGGAAAGCAGAGGAGUAGCUCAAUUUCCACAAAUUCUUUACCGAGUGGUAUGUCACCAGCAGAAUUACAACAGGAAGUACAGAAUGUUUUAUCACCAGAAGAUAUUCCUAAACGAUAUCGUGAAGCCAUUAUCCACUACAGUAAAUACUUGAAUGCAGGAAUAAUUGAAAUGGAAGCAUGCUUCAAGGCAGCACGAAUUGCUGUUGAGCAAGGAGGCACCUUACAAGCAUCAACAUUCCUUCAGAAUGUGAUCUUUAUUAAUCUCACUCUCAGUGAAACAGAGAAGAUACAACGAUUCACAAGUUUAUCAGAUCUGUAUACUCAGAUUGGUUUUCAUCGAAAAGCUUCCUUCUGCCGGCGAUUGGCUGCCACUCGGCACGUUUCUGCUCAGAAUCCGCAGCCUAACUGGUCACAGUGUUACCAGUUAAUGUUGCAGGCACUGUCUGGGCACAAGUUGAGUCUGGAUCCCACAGAAUUUCCCAGAGGUGGGUUGCAAGGUUGGCCUGCCCUGCAAAUUCAGCUGUUACAAGAAUUGGUGGUAGCUGCAAGACGUAUGGGUCACACUGCCCUGGCCACUCGACACAUGACAUUCCUUCUGCAGACCAUGUGGGAACACCUUUUGCCCACAGAACAGCGAGACUUAGCAUUACAGCUGCAGGUGUUAGCAGCCCAGUGUGAAGGAGCACCUGUGCCCUUAGUUCUGAACUCUGGUAUCGUCAUACCACCAGCAAACCUCACAAACUUACCACAGAUACGGAGUUUUGUACUGCGAAACCUAGAGCCUCAACUACGACCACAGAAGAUUGAGAAACUGAAGGAAGACUCAGGCCCAUUCUUGUUUACUCCAAUUCAUUUUGGCUCCUUGGAAAGGAAAAAUGUGGUGACCAGCAGUAAAAUGGAUUAUGUUUGGGUCGAAGGAGAUGUGUGUGAGGUUGCUAUGGAGCUAUAUAAUCCACUGCCAUUUGAACUAAAAGUUUUGAAUAUGCGUCUUCUUACAAGUGGAUCCGUUUUUGAGAGCUUGCCUACUUCACUUUCAUUACCACCAGAAUCAGGCCCACACCCUGUAAUUCUGUCUGGAACACCUAAAGAAAUUGGAGAAUUGGAAGUCUUAGGCUAUUCUACACAUACACUAGGUGUGAAAUCUAACUGUAGGUUACGUCAUAUUGGCGGGUUUCCACACCCUCAGUAUUCAGUUGAUGUUAUAUCUGCCCUACCUAAAAUGCAGGUCUUGACAUCUCUGCCGAAAAGUGCAUCUUCAGGUUCUGUAGGAGACACAGUGACUGUAGCUACAAGCACAAACAUAACGUUAUAUGCUGGAGAGAGUGCUGAAUGUGGUGUGACUCUAAGCAAUGUUGGGGAACUGCCCAUCGAAAUGGUGGAGGUGUCAGUGCACUCGACACUAGAACCCUCAUUGCAGCAGCAGGUAUUCCAGUGGAGCCAGGAGAACCUCCAGGCCCAACUCCCUCUCCAGCCUGGAGCUGAUGCAAGCUUCACCAUCUAUAUAUACUCUUUGACAGAUUUCCUCACACCUGCUGUAGUAUUUGAACAUGAUGCAAGCAGCACAGCCUAUGGCAGCCAGCCAGCUAGCUUCUUAUCAGGACCCAGUUCUCUUCCAUCUCGACUUAGCUCCCCUACAUUUGGGAGAGAACAAGCAUCGAGAAGAUCCGAAUUGACAUCUUCAUUCAGAUCAGGUGGCAGCAGCCAUUCAGGAAGCAGCCUUGGUUCAUCUCGUUUGCCCUUUUCCAAGCUUAGUGCUCCAAAUGCAUCAAAGGUCAUGGAAGGGCAACUAAAGUUGAGAUACUCUGGUGGAGCAGGCCAAGAAGCAGGAUACUGUCGGGUCAGUUCUGUCACUCUUAGUGUUGAAAUGUUGCCUUCUGUACAAAUCACAAACUGGGAUGUUCUUCCAGCAGAGACAAAUUCUCAGUUCUACCUAGUUCUGGACAUUGCUAACAUUACUAGUCAUGAGUUGGAACUGCAGUACACUCCAUCCAAGUGCAUCUUAAUUGAAGGAAAUGAGUCCUGUCGUAUCCCUGUACCAGUUAAUCGUUGCCCUCUUUCUAAGCUUACCAAGCUUUAUCAAGGUGGAAAAAUUUCUGCUGAUGAUCGUCUAGAAUUAGAUCAGAUAUGUAGUGAGCACAUUGCAUCUUCAGUGGACUUACGCUGGCACAUUCUGUCAAGUGGUACAAGGGGACGAGUCUCCCUGAAAGGAAUUACUCUAACUCCAGAGAUGCUGGAUCUUGUCCGCAUGUCACCAUUACAGUGGGAAGUGACACUGAACUCGCAGCCUGUGAAACCCCAGGAAGAACUGAACUGCCGCGCAGGUCAGUGCCUUCAGCUUGGCAUCUCCAUACACAACUUUCUGGAGAGGUCACUGUGGCAUGUAUGCUUGGCAGUGCAAUUCUACCAGGACCACCAAAAUGGUGUAAAUAAUUACCGUCUGGAAACUAGACUAGCAAGUGCAGGUGCAUCUAAAGUUAUUCUUCCAGAGCUGGAGGAGCAGGGCAGUGCAUAUCAUGAAUGUAGCAUUGUGUUCUUCACUCCUGGCCAGUACAAAGUUGAUAUUCAGUGCUCUUCCCAGGACAACCAUCCUACAGAAGACAAAGAUCAGACCCUGAAUGAUAUAUGUCACACUUGGAAGUUUACUCCACCUGUUGCCAUAACAGUUGUUGAUGAAUGAGUUUACUCAGAUCAUUAUUUAUACUGCCCUUGUCUCAGUUGAAUGUUCCUGCAAUGAAAGGAGCAUGUUUGUAUGGUUGCAGCUACGAGACUUAUGUAUGUAGGAAAACCACUUAGUAUGCUGUUUGAUUUUGUUUACACAAAACACAUGCAUAAAUUAAUUCAAAUAUUUGAAAAUAAAUGGCCCAAAAUUGUAAGUUAAUCUGUUGUAGAAGUGCAUUACAGAUCACCCACAUAAAAGUUGAAAUAUCGAUGGAAGAGGACAAGGAGGAAAAUGAAGAAGAGGAUAUUACAGUUUUGUCAAAUAAAUGAACUAUUUAAACUUUAUAAGAUUUGACGUUUUAUGGCAGUGAGUGCAACCUGCAACAGUAACUUAUUGUUAUUCACAAUAAGUGAUUAUGAAAGGUAAUGAAAUAUGCCAUAUUGCAUUUUGAAAACGUGUCAUUACAUUACUGUGACAAUAGACUAGAAGUUAUCCAGCAAGCUGGCUUAAGGAGUAUCGUUUCUAUAUUGCAUUCUUGAGGUGCCUAGUUCAAAUCUCAGCCAGGACACUAUCUUCUUGGUUGGGGGGGGGGUCAUGGUUUUCCUCAGCCCCUCCAAGCAGAUGCCAAGAUAGUACCAUAAAUUUACCCAUAACUGCUUCCUUUCAUAUCCUUUCCAUUUCAUUAUUUAUUAUCUUCCAGUCAUUUGACAUUAUCUUCUGAGUUACUUAUGGCAUCCUCAAAUAAACUGUAAACUUUCCCAUCUUGAUACCUUCUUUCUUGAUGAAAGAGGAAUAAUGAAAGCAUUUGGGUCACCCUGUGUAAUUUGCGUUAUACUUGCAGUGGUCAGUAAGUCUUGAUGACAGAGAAAUAGAAGUAAAAUGUGGUCACAUUUUAUACAAAUUUGAAAUAGAGCAAUAUAAAAAAUAUUAGUUAAGUCUUACUUCAUGCACAAAGUUUGAAAUAAUACAAAUCCCACAAAAAAUUAGCAAUAAACAGGGUGUUUCACGACUUUAGGGCAUAACUGCAGGAGGUGAUUUCCUAGGUCUUUGUGAUCAAAAAAG